AUGCCACGAGGUACGGAGCAUCGCGGUGUGGCUCGUUCCAGCAUUCCACUGAACUCUGACAGUUCCGAGGCACGCGAAGUUCUGGCGGAUGAGGAGUGUGAUGCCACGAGUGACAGUGUGUCUUCCUUCUGUGGCGACGAGUGCGACGGCGAUUUGCCCGAGAUCAGGAAGAGAACCCUGGGCACCAUAGUGCACAGGGUGAAGCUCGAGAGGUCUCAGAGCGAGGAGGUCAUCUCCAAUUUGCGCGCUAAAAUUGCAAGCCUGGAAGCGGCCAACGACAAACUGCACCAGCAGUUGGCCACUCUUGCUGAAGAAAAGGCGCAGCGGGAAAAUGAAAUGAGGCAAAGGGCGAGCGGGAUGAUGAGUACGGAGCGAAGUUUGAAAAGCGUCCAGAUGCAGGAGAUCUCGCGCCAGCGUGGAGAACUGUUGGUCAAGAACAAGGAACUCGAAGAGCAGCUCGAGCAGAAGGACUUUCAGCUGACGCGAGCCGACCAAAGCCGCCGCCAGAGCCUCGAGAAGCAGCAGCCACUCGAGAGGGAAGUCUCCUCACUCACCGAGAGGCUGCAAGACCAGGCGGCCGCCAACAGCCACUUGUACAGGAAUUACGUGACCCAGCAGGCUGUGAUCAAGGAAAUGCGUGAACGGCUGGAGGAUCAAGAGCGCAUAAUCACAGAGCUCGAACUGUGUGUUGAGAACCUCAGAGAGGAUCAGGUGGCAGAGCAGACAAAGUUCGCGCAAGAGAUUGAAAGGCUUCAGCUGGAUAUGGCAUCUAGAGAGGAAGAGUGCUCCAUUCUCAGUGAAGAACUAAAGAGACUUCAUGUGCAAGCCGAUGUUGACAAGGAGUACGGGGACCAGCUGAAGCAGCAGUUGGACCAGAGCUGCGCGCAAGUCACAUGGUUUGAAGACCAGCUAGCCCAGCUCAAGGUAGACACUGUGAAGCUCAAGAAGAAGAUAGUCAAGCUGGUCAAAAAGAAGGACCUGCUGUGGAAGCAAAACGACAGUUUGCAGUUUCUGCAGAAGCUGCAAGCUACUGACAAGUGGAUAAACAACAACGAAACAGAUUGUUGCCUACAAUGUUCCGCUGUCAUCAAAUUCACGUUGAGAAAGCACCACUGCAGACUGUGCGGCCACAUCUACUUUAACAACUGCUGUUGCAAUUGGCUCAUGACAACCGCAAGCAGCCGUCCAGCGAGGGUGUGCAAUGCCUGCGCAUUUCAGCACCAGCAGCUUGAACGUGCCACCAGGCAACCUUCCAUCUGCUCUAACACGUCCGGUGAGAGUGAAGAGGAUGACCUCGGCGAGCUUGCAGUCAAGAGGAAGAAAGAGCAGUCGGAAACUGACACAACCGACUCUUCAAAUAGCUCACCCGACACAUUUGUCAGUUCGUCACCCAUCCAGGCGUCGGCGCCCAGGACUGAGGUGAAGAUGACUCGAAACUGGUCCUUCCCUAGACUGCGAAGGCCCCAGUUUCUGCAGAGCAGCAGCAGCUUCACCGACAGUGGCAACAGCUCGGCCAAGCAGGAGUUCGACAUCAUCAGCGACGAGGAGAUCGCGCGCUCACUGCUCGCCUGCAGCCCCUACAACAGCUCGCCCAGGACGACACAGGAUCGCGCGCUAUUCCACACGGGCGCCACGCGUACUCUGGAAGAGAUCGCCCAGUGCGGUCCGGCCGGUCUCCAUGGCGAAGUGUGGGUGAACGCUGGAGGACGCUACAGCAUCCCCGUGGUCCUCACGGUGCCCGAGACGGCACUCUUCUGGCAGUUCAAUUGCGAACCAAAGAGCAUAUCGUUUGAGAUGCGGUGCAAGCCUCUGAACAGGGAUAUCGAUCUGGAGAUGAUGGACGUAUUUCUACCCUCGGUGCGAGUGCAGGCCGACGUGCAACCAGUCGAAGGAAACCUCGUCGUCAGGAACGUGGCCGUCUACGUCCUAGUAUUCGACAACCAGCACUCGCCAAUACUUCUCGUCGACGAAUAG